CAUUAGUUCUAAAAAGUUUCACUGCGGGAAAUAUUCAAUCUAGAGUUUCCUUGUUUAUUUUCAGUUCAGAAAUUGACCUGACCAAGAGAAGAGCCUCGUCCCAUCAUAUUAUUUAUUCAAAAGGAAGGAAAAGAUGACGAACAUCUUGCAAUAGAAUGUCAACACAGAACCCCAUGUCUGAUCCCCAUGCUUCUCUCAGGUUUGUAUCUGCCUCUUAUUUUACAUGGAACGAUGUUUCCCCUUAGCUGUGCAACAUGUAAAACUCUUAUCUGACCUUUUGUUGCUUCAAAUGUUUUAAAAUCUCUUUUUACAUAAGUUUCAUUCAGUCUAACCUCUCUAGAACAGAGAACUUCCUAUGGAAGUAGUUGUGCAGUAAUUCUUGCUCUAUGUCCUUCUCAACUGUUAUGUCUGGCUAUGUGCUAAGUCACUGCUUGCUCCUUUUGAUUUUGUGCAUAAAAUAACUGUGCUACCACUAUGUCUCUUGAGCAACCGAUACGCUGGACAGUGCUGAGCUGGGUGGCCAAGAUGAAGGCUGGAAAUGCCUGACGAAAAUCACACUGCAGUGACUGAGUUUGUUCUCCUGGGUUUCACCGACCGUCGGGAGGUGAAGUUUCCUUUAUUUGGGCUCUUUUUGCUCAUCUAUAUCACCACGCUGGGGGGCAACACUGGCAUCAUCGUGCUCGUGCGGCUCAAUGCCUGCCUUCACACCCCCAUGUACUACUUCCUGAGCAAUUUAUCUUUCUUAGACCUCAGCUAUGCCUCCACCGUUGCUCCCAAGCUGCUGGUGGAUCUCGUAGCUCAGCACACCACCAUUUCUUUCUUUGGUUGUGCAACACAAAUGUUCCUCUUUGCCGCCCUGGUUGAUGCUGAGUGCUUCCUUUUGGCUGUGAUGGCCUAUGACCGCUAUGUGGCCAUCUGUCAGCCUUUUCUCUACUCUGUGGCCAUGUCACGCCGAGCCUGUGCCUCCAUGGUAGCUGGGGCUUAUCUCAGCGGGGGCCUGACCUCACUGGUGCACACAUGUUUUACGUUCACCAUGUCAUUCUGCGGCUCCAACACCAUCAACCACUUCUUCUGCGACAUUCCCCCAUUGCUGGAGCUCUCCUGCUCCAGCACCUUGGUCAACGAGGUGCUUCUUAUCACCUUGUGUGGCUUCAUACAAAUCAGCUCUUUCCUGGUCAUCGUCAUCUCCUACACCUGCAUCCUCGGCACCAUCCUUCGGCUCCACGCAGCAGAGGGCAGACACAAGGCCUUCUCCACCUGCGGCUCCCACCUCAUGGCUGUUGGGUUCUUCUAUAGCUCUCUCUUCUUCAUGUACUUGCGUCUUGGCUCCAGCUACUCGUUGGACACAGACAAACUGAUUGGUUUGUUUUACACGGUGAUUUUUCCUUUGCUGAACCCCAUGAUCUACAGCUUGAGGAACAAGGAGGUGAGGGAAGCCUUAAGAAGGACACUAGAGAGAAAAGUGUUUUCUCAGUCGUUUUCUUAGCAGGAAAAACUGCAUCUAAGUUACAUUUCUUAUGAUUCUUUACUAUCUUUGAUUACAAGUUCCUUAUGAUAAUCAUAAGACCUGUGGUGUUUAAUUGCCCUUGUCAGCCCCACCUGAAAUCCCCAAUCCCACACUCAAAAGACCAGGAGCUUUCUCUAAGCCCAAAUCUGGGGUGUUGCUUUUAUUCUUCUUUUGAUCUAUGUUAGAGGAGCCCUAGUUUUUGCUUAGCCUACAGAACACCUUGAUCCAGAUCUCAACCUGUGGGCUGAAUUCCUCACUUGACUCUAGCCAUGUCUUUUCCUUCUGAAUGUGUCUGGCAAGUAGACCUGAUCCUAACCCUGAUCUAUGUGCUGACUUCUGAUCUGGGACUUGGACCUAUCUUAUCUAUACUGUGGCACUGCCUGUGAUGUAUAUUUAUGUUGUUGAAGAGGACACCUUUAACUUUUAACCUUUAAUACCUUUAACUGCAUACUGUAGUGGAGUAACACAGUUGUUAUGCAGUCAUCUUAAACUAAUCACUUCCUUGUUACAGUGACGUGGAUAAUAGCAUGGUUCUGACGUGGGCUGUUAGGUGGUCAAUUUGAGCAUUUCUAUCAAUGUGUUAAGAGGUAUGUCGUAUUCUGAGUAUUUAAUUUCACAGUAAAUGCAGAUAACAGGAGGCAGUGACCUUCCUGUAAGUCAGAUACAAGUUAAUGUGAGUAGGAUCUAACUCCUUUGUCUUCUUUAACUCCAGCAGGUGGUGCUAUUGACUCUAAAAAUUCUCAUAUUUCCCAAACUUAGGACCUCACACAUUAUUUGCUGUUUUGUGUCAAUACUGUGGGCCGAUAUUAUGGCUUUGCAUAGG